CAACACUGUAAAUUAUGUUAAUUGUAGUUGUUAUCAAUUUUUGGUGAUAUACUGGUGUUUACACGUGAAAAUUAUUGUGUAUUUAUAAGUUGCAAUCAUUUAUAUAAAAAAUCAAUUAUUUAAUCUCUUUCGGUACAUUUUGAUCAUGAACGCAUUUAUCCACUGUGGUAGAGACAUAAAAAAAGACUGAAUACAAUGUUAAAAUCGUCUGUCCAGCAUAAGAUUCUAAAUUAUUUACCCGACGAUAGACCGAUUACUGCAAUACAAAUCAUAGAAAAUUUAGACAAGUGUCCUAGAGGGUUUUUUGCUAUCAAUAAAACCUACGAUCAAGACUCUGAUGCUGACUUAAGAGAGAGCUCAAUUUUUAAGAGUAGUUCCGCACGAUAUCUAUGCUUAUCGAAAACUGAAGGUUUGCCAAAUUUUGUGGUUCAAGAAAUUCUAGUUCUUGGCGACAAGGCAAAUCCCCCAAAAGGUUUUAGCCUAUUGAACAAAACUGCCGACAGUGAACAAAAAGCUUGGAAAAAGAAACAAAUUUGUUAUAGAUUAGUGAAUAGAAAAGACAUAAAGACUGCUGUUACAGACAUUAUUAUUUGUAGUAGAUUGAAAAAGGCGCCGUCUGGAUUUUCAUUUGCAGGCGAAUUAAACGGAGUGACACUUUGCUACAAGAUGGGCAACGUUCAAGAUUCGCAAGCGAACUCAAACGACCAAUUUCCCCCGGAACGACCGCCAAAGCCAAACGUAAUACCUACAGGAGCGCCCGUUUAUCCACCGUUAGGUAACACAGAUCACGAUUAUGAAAUUUUACGUCCGGGAGCGUAUCCUUCAGUUCUUCCAGGAGGACCUGGAGGACCUACCAGACCUGCCCCUAAACCUCCAGCUCCCGUACAACAUCAGAAUUCGACACACACAAUGAAUGGUCCUUCUCACAUGGGUCUCGAUGGGGUACCGUUUAUAGUUAAUCCCAAAUUUUUGACUACGAGUAACCAAGAUAGGGUGCAGUUUCCUAGAAUAAAGGCGCGAACGAUGCAGCAACUUAUCAAAGAUUAUAACUACCCGUUCACAGUGGAAAGACAAACUUAGAAUAUGCACUGACCCAGUCUCUAAAUCGCUAAAAGAGAGGAACUGAAUUUUGGGAAUUUCCUAGUUUAUUAUAGAAUGGAUAUAGAGAAUCAAAAAUCUAUAGAGAUCUAUAUUUUAUUUUGAGAUUUAACUAGUUCGGUUUAGCCAAUAGUUUUUAUGGAUACGUGUCUAGAGAUUAAGUAUAUUCGUUAUUGUUUGUAGAUAAAAACAUUAACAAUAGAUUCAAUUAGGGUGUGCCAGGUACUGUCAUAGUCAUGUGCCAAGUUGGUGAUGGUUGAAAUCACACAUCAAGCUAAUAAACGCCAAAAAUGCCCAGUUUUCUUGAAUCUCCUUUUUGAUUUAGUCAAGUCAUAUCGUUGAAUAAUUCUUUUUAAGACAUUUUAUCAAUGACGUCACGCCGGCCACGUGUAUGACAUACGUAAAAUCGCAAAAAACUUGCCUAUACCUUGCGUCAAUUUUAAACUGGUAUAUGUGAUUCUAGUUUGAAUAUUUUAUUAAAACUUCUUCCGGAUAUUGAAGGCAACCAACAACUGUAUUAAAAGCCACUGAAACAUUUGAUGAUAGAACAGGAAUCUCACAAAAAGCUACAAUUGAAGAAAACUUCUCAAUAAAAGUCGCGCUGACUAAAUAAAAGAAAUUUAUGUUAAGUUGACCUAAUCGUUCCGUUCCUUGCUAGGAUCUGAUUACGAGUUAUUGACUGCGGAGAACCGAUCUACAAUCCGUCUGUAAAAUCAGCAAAUAUCCAUCUUUGAAGAUAUUCAGUUAACUGUAUAACAAAUUUACUAUGUAUUCGCUGUUGCAUUAGAUUUGCCUACUUGCUCGCUAGGUGCCAUCUCGAUCGUGAUAACAGAGCGAGCUAGGAAGUGAUAGUGCCAUUUUAAUAAAGUGCCUACGCCUUUCUAAUGUAACUAAUCUAAAUUUGUUGAGGAAUUGUUCAAUAUCAAUUAAGAGGAACAAUUGCAAACUAUCGUAAUUCACGCCAAACUAUGUGUCCUUAAUCUACUUUUGUUAUGAAUCGGUGUCAAAUAUAAAUUCUAAAUGGUCACUGGUGUUCUGUGUCACUAGAACCACAAUCAGCACGACUGACCACAGAAUUUGAAUCGAUUAUUGAAUAGAAUAAAUUUUUACUAGCAUAUCAUUAAAAUAUACCGAAUUUUUACAUUUAACAUUUAUAGAUGCAACGAUUACACAUCUUUAUAUUUGAACAACAUCGCC